AUGAAAAUUUCCGUGGCCACCCUCGCCCUCGUCUUCGGCCUUGCCGCCGCUGCGCCUGCCCCCGAGGCCAACAGCGCCAGCAUCACCGAGGUUCUCGACGCUCUUGUUGCGCGUGACGUGGUCCAGCGCCGCGCCUGCAGCGGUGCCUCCAUCUGCCAGAGCGGUUUCUGCCACUAUGUCUUCUGCCCCGGCAUGGGUGGGUGCUUCCUCCAAAAGACUAGCGAGAGAUGCUAG